AAUCCCAUGGUAACUGAGGGCCUAAGUAAUCUUAAUGACUAAUGUCAUCUUUAUGAUUUUCAGAUAGGACAGAAUGAGACCGGCAGUCUCCACCAUGGUUUGCUGUGUUGCAUGGGGAUGCUCCAAUCGCUCGGAGAAAGGAGUGCGAAUGUACGGUUUCCCCACUGACGCGGAGAGGAGAAAAAAAUGGUUGGCUCAAGUCAGCAGGAGAAAUUUUACUAUCACGAAAGAUUACAACAACAAAAAAAUAUGUGAGGCACAUUUUGAGGCAGACCAGUUUGUCAAGACCAAAAAGGGCAAGACUAGGCUGAGAGCAGAUGCUAUUCCCACCAUCUUUGUGCAUCGCCCUGUGGUCAAAAAGAGGAGGGCCCCUGCACCACGAUGCACCCCUGGACCUGUAAAUAUAGAGCGAAUAGCUGCUGAUCACAGCUAUAGUGUUAAAGGUGACACAGCACUCCGGACCUGCAGCAUCACUGAUGCUCCAUCACAUAGCAGCCCUGCGGCAUCACUAGUCCUCCAGCACACAGCCCCCAGUGCUCCUACAGUCCUCCAACUUCCCUCCCCCUUUGUCAUCAAUCCAAAAUCAGAUGAGCUGCAACAUAAUAUAGACAGAAUGCCAUCGAACGUAGAGAUCAAAGCCGCUGUCCGGAAUGUGAAAUUCCUGAUCCAGAGGGCGGAAGAGCUGAGCAGGUCUGAAGGAACUCUCAUUCGACAACAGGACACCUUUUUUAAUGUGCAGAAGGGACGCCUUAAGCUCAGGAACUUAAUGGAUGGGACUGGCCAGUUGAUAUUUUAUGAGAGACCAGAUGUGGAUGGACCAAAACUUUCAAACUAUUCAAUCUCCCUCACAAAUGACCCAGACGGCCUUACAAGGGUCCUUUCAGACGCCCUAGGGGUUAAGGGGGUGGUCAAGAAGGAGCGUCAUCUUUACAUGGUGGGCCAGACCAGGGUCCACGUUGACACCGUCGAGGGACUGGGUCACUUCAUGGAACUAGAGGUCGUUAUGAAGGAUGGACAGAGCGCUGAGGAAGGAGAGGCCAUUGCCCACCAUCUGAUGGAAGAGCUUGGGGUGAACAAGGAAGACCUCAUUGUUGGCGCAUACAUGGACCUUCUGCUAUCUGACAAGAAAGGCUAGAGUUAGAUAGCAUGCUGUUCAAGGAAAAACAGUAUUAUGUAGAUAUGUAUUGAGGGGGGAGCCGGGGGUGUCUGGGUUUGUUUUGUAAUGCCUGUUUUAGUCUGUGUGCUUCUCCAGAUGUGUCAUUAUUAGCAUUAUUAUUUUGAGACGUGUAAGCACAUAAAUGCCACACUGAGGCUGGAGACAGCGUGGACCACAAUAAAAAUGUUCACUGGACUGCUUGUGAAGUCAUGCUCACAGCUUAGUAACCAUGCUAGUAUUGUAGAGAUCAUAAAAGUG